GCCGGGCGCACACGGCGUGGGGCAGCCGCCGGGGCUCGCCUGCUCCCGCCGCCGCUCCCCGGGCGGCAGAUCCGGCCCGCGGCCAUGCGCCAGCGCUGCGCUGAGCGGCCGAGCGGCGGGGCUGCACCGCCGCCGCGUCCCGCGGUAGCGGAGUGAAGCGGCGUGAGGAUGAAGCGGGCGAGGCGGGCCGCGCCGGGCCCCCUGCCCGUGCUGGGGCUGCUGCUCCUGGGCGCCCUGCCGGGGCUCUGGACGGUGCUGCUGCGGCGGGAGGCGGCGGCGCUGCCGGAGCCGCGCCCGCCCGCCGGGCAGCCCCCGGGGCGAUGGGGCUGGGGGCGCUCCCCGGCGGCGCGGGGCGAGUCCGGCGGCGGCGGGCAGAAAACUUUUCGGACGCUGCUGGCGGUGCCGGCGGCGGCGACGGACCGGGAGGAGCGGGACGGCGAGGAGCGGCUCGCCGUGACCGACUCGCAGCCGCCGGCCGACACCGCCUCUCCGGUGGAGCGGGGCAUCUUCUGGAGCCGUGAGCUGGAGGAGCAGGUGCCGCCGGGCUUCGCGGCGGAGGAGGCGGCGGCGUGGCUGUCGGCCGCCCGCGCAGCCCGCGUGGCCUCGCUGGAGCGGGGCGGCUGCGGGCGCAGCUCCAACCGGCUGGCGCUGCUGUCGGACGGGAGCCGCGCCUGCGUCCGCUACGGCAUCAACCCGGAGCAGAUCCAGGGCGAGGCGCUCUCGUAUCACCUGGCCGGGGUGCUGGGCAUGCAGGAGAGGCUGCCGCCCAUGGCCCUCGCCCUGGUGGAAGCCCGCGGGCGGCAGUGGGAGCCGGUGCGCGAGGAGCUGCGCGGCUCGCACUGGGCCGAGGGCGCCGUGGUCAGCCUGACCCGCUGGGUGGACAAUCUCACCGCCGUGGUGGCUCCCGCGCCCUGGGGCGCCGAGGCGGGCGCCGGCCGGCGGCUGCAGCCGCUGUCGGCGGGGGAGCUGGUCGGGCUGCCGCCGUCGCAGCUGGUGGAGUUGGUGCAGUGGAGCGACCUGAUCCUCUUCGACUACCUGACGGCCAACUUCGACCGCCUGGUCAGCAACCUCUUCAGCCUGCAGUGGGACCCGCGGGUGAUGCGCCGCGCCACCAGCAACCUGCUCCGCGCCCCCGACGGCGGGCUCGUCUUCAUGGACAACGAGGCGGGGCUGGUGCACGGCUACCGCCUCCUCGCCAUGUGGGACCCCUACAACGAGCCGCUGCUGCGCUCCGUGUGCGUGUUCCGCGAGGGCACGGCCCGCCGGGUGGCCGAGCUGCACCGCCGCCGCAGCGCUGCCGCCGAGCUGCGCCGCCGCUACCGGGCGCGGGAGCCGCUCUGGGCGCGCCUCGGCUUCCUCUCCGAGCGCCAGGCCGAGCUCCUGCAGGCCCGCGUCGACUUCGUGCACCGCCACAUCGCCCACUGCCGCGCACAGGCCGCCGUGCUCUGAGAGCCCCGCGCGGCCGCAGCGCUCCGGCUUCCCUCUGCUCCUGGGCAGCGGGGCUGACUCCCCCGGCAGCGGGGCUGACUCCCCCGGCAGCUGCCGCGGGCCGGAGCUGACCCAGCCUGGCCACCUCGGUGCCCCGUAGUCGCUGCCACUGCCGGGGACGGGGGAAAUAAUGGGCUACCUGCCUGCCGGGGCUGUCGAGAGGAGCGAUUAAUUCGCUUUGUCAGGAUCGCUGAAGAUGCGGAGCGCAAUCGGUAUAAUUACGGCCCAGUUGCACUCCAGGACUCUGCCCCCAGAGUUGGGAAAAUGACAGGGUUCAGCAUCUUCACUGCUUUCCGUAACUCUCGUCGUGCACUCGCCCUCAUAAGAGACUCCAUAGGAAAGCAGUCGUCUUUUGUCUGUAUCGGGGUCGAGUAAUUUUUUUCCUUCCAACGAAGGCAGGCGGAACAUUUUUUUAUAUAUUACUCCUUUCUCAAUGGUAUAUUUAAGUAUGAAUGUUGAUGUUCAUAGACCAAGAACUGAUUGCACAAUAGGGGAGCCCCUAACUAGCAAAACUGCCCUAUUUAUGAAACUUGUUUCCUACCAAUUUUCUUUAACGAAAGUGAACCUUUCCACUGAUUGUUAGAUCUUGUUGAUGAGAAAUGUAUAGGAAGCCCAUAUUCCCUUUGUUCUUAGUUUUUUUGUGGAUUCAUUGGGUUAAACUGUUCUGAUUCUUAAGGUUUUGUUUGUAAUCAUCACCAUCAUAAUUUCAUCUCACCAGUAAAGUAACUGACUAAUGGGUGGCACAAGAAGAUCUCCCAUUUUUUAAAAAAAUAUUUCUGUGUGCUAAGACUUUGACACAAUACUUAAAGCGGAAGAAAAAACUGUAUCAUGCACUUUACUUUGACUUUUUAAUAUUUUUUUUUAUAGAAGACCUUUUUAUUUUACAAAGUCUGCCUUUUAUGUACAUUAUAUAUGUCCAUAAACUUUUCUGUAACAUACUAAAGAAACUGAUAUUUCAGUAAAGUGUGUUAAUGUUUUGCCUUCUGUGGCCUGGAUGUUUGCCUGAGCUUUGACAGGGAAGUUGCAUCUCCUCAGUCUUUCCUGAUGCGCUAUGGACACCACCACUUCACAGCUUCUCACUCCACUGAACAGAAUGAACUUUUACUCAUUCCCUCUGAAGCAAGGAAGGGUAGAGUUAAAUUUUCAAAUACUACACUCAUUCUUAGGUGUCCCUGAAAGAGGAAAAGUUCUCAAAGUGGCUAAAAUAGUGUGAGUGCUUCAGCUGAAUAGACAUUAAUCUGGUUUUCAAAGCCUGAAAUGGACUGCCUUGGCUAACCCCAAGAUAGCUGAAGCAAUUAGUUUCAGCAAAGUGAUAGAGCUGGUGUGGGCUAGCUGCUGUCAGCCUUUUUGGGUGCUGGGACUGCAUACCAGCCUGAUACAGGUGAUGUCAGCUGUUCCUGCUCCAGAGGCGUGUCCAGGCAUGGCAGUUGCUUUCAGUGGUGUUCAUAUUGUCUUUUUCCAUUUUGGUUAUCUUUGCAAUGAGGAGAUGGAGGCAGAAUUAAAGAACAGGAAAGCUUUUAAAUCGUGCUAAAAUAGUUGGUGGGGUCUGAUUUUUUUUCCUACUGAAGUUCUGUUCUAGGGCAAAGUAGUAGCAGUUGACAUACAAAAUAAAAUACUGGCAUCUUUUGCUUGCUUGCUUUUUUAAAAGUACCAGUAGUACCGGUAUUCAUACAAGAGGCCGUUGUAUGGCUUGAAAUAACAGCCAGAAUAAGGACAAAGGAUAAACUAAUCCUUUUUAGACCUCAAAUGCCAGUAUAUAUCCUGCCAUAAUCAAACAGCAGCGUAAUCUCUUCUACAUCUGGACAGGCAGCUCUUGAUGAAGGUAGCAGCAUGCCCCAGUGGCUACUGUGCAAGUAGGUGAUGUUUUCAGUGUCAGCACUAACCCUCCCUUGAACUUAGGGAGAGCUGUGCAUUCCUACCUGCAGGAGGUCUUUGGUCUAUUAAUAUUCAUUACUUAGAAUAAACUUCACAUAAAGACAAAUUUUGUUGGCCAUUACAGUGUUGUUGGGGGUUUUGGGGGGUAGUUAUUAUUUUUAAUACGGCAACAGUUUUACAAGCAAAAGUAAUGGUUGAUUAAUUAGAUAUGUUAGAUAUUGCAUCUUUGUGUGUAUUUAUUUCAAAAUGUCGCAGCAGCCUGCAAGACUAGCUUUCAUUCAGCUGCUGAACUGUCAAGGCUAUCUAUUGAACUUGUAUUUAUAGUUCACUGCAUUUAUCUCUACGAACAAUGCACAGAAUCCCAUGUGACAUUCCCUUGUCAUUUACAUGAUAAUACACAACUUAACUGUAAUUCUUAAUUCUUCUGUAGCAUUGCUUUGUAACUCGAAUGCAGCAGUUUCUGUCACAUUCACCUCAUGAAAAUAUAUUUAAAUAAUAAACUGCUGGCAUACAUUUUAAACCA